CGGCAACAGUCGAAGCUUUUUGAUAAAGUGUAGUGGCCGUGCUUCGUCUUCCUCGAGUGAAGAAUAGCGUGGAGCGGCCUUGAAGAGUCGCCCUCGAUAAAACAUGUCUGACUUCGAUGAGUUUGAGCGGCAGCUUAACGAAAAUAAGCAAGAGCGUGACAAGGAGAAUCGUCAUCGAAAACGCAGCCAUAGCCGCUCUAGAAGCCGUGAACGAAAACGUCGGAGUCGCAGCAGAGACCGAAGAGCUAGAGAGCAGCGCAGUGGCUCCAGGGAUCGGAGGCGACGCAGUCGGUCACCAAGGCAUGAAAAGAAGAAGAAGGUCCGUAAAUACUGGGAUGUCCCCCCUCCUGGUUUUGAACAUAUCACACCAAUACAGUACAAAGCCAUGCAAGCUGCAGGCCAGAUUCCUGCUACAGCUCUUCUUCCAACAAUGACACCUGAUGGUUUGGCGGUUACACCCACACCUGUGCCUGUUGUGGGUAGUCAGAUGACUAGACAAGCUCGCCGCCUUUAUGUUGGAAACAUACCCUUUGGCAUCACUGAGGAGGCUAUGAUGGAUUUCUUUAAUGCACAAAUGCGCCUUGGUGGAUUAACACAAGCCCCUGGAAACCCAGUCCUUGCAGUCCAAAUUAAUCAAGACAAGAACUUUGCUUUUCUGGAGUUCCGUUCUGUUGAUGAGACGACACAGGCAAUGGCAUUUGAUGGCAUAAUUUUCCAGGGCCAAUCACUUAAGAUUCGACGCCCACAUGAUUACCAGCCUUUGCCUGGCAUGUCUGAAAACCCAUCUGUAUAUGUACCAGGAGUGGUAUCCACUGUUGUCCCAGACUCUGCACACAAGCUUUUCAUUGGAGGUUUACCCAACUAUCUGAAUGAUGACCAGGUAACCAUGGCGUCCUUAAGCCUAUGGGUUAAAGAAUUGCUGACAUCUUUUGGACCUUUAAAAGCAUUUAAUCUUGUUAAAGACAGUGCGACAGGGCUUUCAAAAGGAUAUGCUUUUUGUGAAUAUGUGGAUAUAAACGUAACAGACCAGGCCAUAGCUGGGUUAAACGGGAUGCAGUUGGGAGACAAAAAGCUUUUGGUUCAAAGAGCAAGUGUUGGGGCAAAAAAUGCAACACUGAGCACAAUAAACCAGACUCCUGUGACCCUUCAAGUUCCUGGAUUAAUGAGUUCACAGGUUCAAAUGGGUGGGCAUCCCACAGAGGUUUUAUGUCUUAUGAAUAUGGUGCUGCCAGAAGAACUCUUGGAUGAUGAUGAAUAUGAAGAAAUAGUAGAGGAUGUAAGGGAGGAAUGCAGUAAAUACGGCAUAGUCAAGUCCAUUGAAAUUCCACGGCCAGUUGAUGGUGUUGAGGUACCGGGUUGUGGAAAGAUCUUUGUGGAAUUCACAUCUGUGUUCGAUUGCCAGAAAGCCAUGCAAGGACUCACAGGACGCAAAUUUGCUAAUAGGGUUGUGGUUACAAAAUACUGUGAUCCUGAUGGCUAUCACCGCCGAGACUUCUGGUAGCUGAAGAUACGAAUAAACCAAUGAGCUGGGUUUGAGUGGGAGGUGGAAACACAACAGGACUUUUUAAAAAAAACUUUUUUUUUCCCCCUCCUAAUAUUUCCCUUUCUUCAACAGAGAAAUUUAAAUAACCACCUCGCUACCCUUUUCAGAACAUAUUAAAUAAGUUUUCAUUGUCAUCUCCACAAUGAGCCUUGGGCAUCUUGACACACUUCCCCUCCCGGAGGACCAUAACAAUUUUUGGUGGUUAUACUGUAGUAAAAUGUUGUCUUUCCUUAAUUUGUGGCAGUUUCCUAUUUGUGAAAGACAAAUCAUUAAAACAUUUUGUUGUAUUUUACUUUUUUGUGUAUUUUUUGCAAUCACAAUUAAACAAUGUUUUCAUCUUAUUGGGUGUUAGGUUUGUGAAUGUUUAAAUUUUUUAAAAAAAUGUUAAAAUGGUAUUCCCCUUGUCUUAAACGGUCUUUUGUGUCAGGGAUGUUUAAACUGUGGGGUAAAUUAAUAUGCGUUCAGACUUGUGGGGGGUGAGAAUAAAACAAUUGCCUGGCACAGAACUCAAAUUUCUAUCCUACAUGAUCAGAAACUUCUUGCCACCGAGUACUGCUGUCAGCUUUAGACCAAGUACUUUCAGCAAAAUCAAUGGGAUUGUUCUGCUGUCACUGAUCAGUGGCAGGAAACCGCUCCCAAUGAACAGUGGGAAUACUUGAAACAUGCAGACUCCUGCAUGCGACAUUCACCAGAGCCCUCCUGGAUUUGCAGGCUAUACAUCACAUGCUGGGAGAUUGACGUUUGGCUGAAUGAAUCUCCUGCGGGGCAUUUAGCCAGGAAGGGGCAAAUGCACUUGGAGAUUCUGCAGAAUCCUCUCAUGCGUUUGCAACAUUGACCAUAUUCAUUAAGAUGUGUUAAGGACAUUAACUGGUAUGUAACAAAAAAUGUUUAAUUGCUUUUAACUGGUGGUUUGACUAAUCAUUGGCCGCGGUCAUAGCUGGCUUUGUAUUUUUCUUUGUUAUGCAAUAAAAGUAGUCAUUUGUCUUAGAA